AAGGAACCUGUUGGGAGGAGCUUAGGAGCACAAGAGGGCCAGAAAAGACCUGAAGUCGGACAGAGGACUAAUCCAGUUGGAGAGGCAUUUCUUAGCAUCAACAGCUCCGGUCAUGUUCAACUACCUAGCAGUAGAGGUGAGACCCCAGUUCCACCGCAGCUAUGGGGGCCAGCAAGUGGUGUCUGGGCCACUGAAGAGCCGCCUAGAGCAGCUGAAGAAGCCGUGGUGGAGGGAGCCCACCCCACUGGUGCUCCAGCACAGUGAAACAGCCAGGCUUGCCAUAGACGCCUUUCUUGAGCAGGGGGAACGCGGCUACCUGAGUGCCAUCGCUGAGGAACGGGAGCUGCCUUUUCUUUCCACCCUGGACAUGGAGUAUAUGAGCCAUCAGAGAAACCAAAGCUUUCCGGAUCCCAAUGCAAUGAAAGACAAAGAGGCUGACCCUGGCGAUGCAGACAUUGGAGACAGGUCCUCCCUCAACUCCGAACUAACGUCUGGCACCUACUUUCCACUCAUGUCUGAUGUGCACCCUCCAGAGCUGGAGCUGGGGUGGCCAGGGACGCCGCUCCUCACGGUGUCUGGCCAGACUCAAGCCACUGUGAUUUUCCAAAGAAACAAAGCUAACAGCAUUAAGGAUUUGCUCCGGUCUCUGAUCAGCCGGGCUCGGACGGUGAUAGCGAUUGUGAUGGAUCUGUUUACAGACAUGGAAAUACUGUGUGACCUGCUGGAGGCCUCAAGCAGACGGCACGUCCCUGUUUACCUGAUCCUGGAUGAAGAGUACUUGAAGCAUUUUGUGGAAAUGUGCAAUAAAAUGGCUCUCACUCAGGACAACUUGCCAAAUAUGCGCAUAAGAUGUCUGAGUGGAGACACAUACUACAGCAAAGCAGGCAAGAAAUUUGCAGGCCAAGUUCUGGAGAAGUUUAUCCUGAUUGAUUGUGACCAAGUUCUUGUUGGUACAUACAGUUUCACCUGGCUUUGCAGCCAAGUCCACACCAGCCUGGUGACCCACUUCCGUGGUCAAAUUGUUGCAGAGUUUGACAAGGAAUUCCGAUACUUGUAUGCAGAGUCCAGAGCAGUGACCAGCUUCUGUGUGCCAGAUCCUGGAACAUGCCCCUCUUCUCAGAAUAUCUCAAAAGUUGCCAACUCUCUUUUAAAACCCACACAGGUGAAUGAUGCUGAAACCUUGAGCCCCUCCAGCAGCCUUUCCAAUGUAAGCAUCAGAAGCAUAAAAAUGUCUCCCUUUCUGAAAAACUCCAGCUGCAAUGUACACCAGGAAAAGCAAGAUUCAAGCUCUGAUUCUGGUAAUAAGAAGGGGAAGGAAGACACAUCUCUGAAGCCCACUUGCCCUAAGCAGCAGGGAGAACCACCAGACUCACCAAACAGUCCUCCAAAUAAAUCCACCCCAGCCUUGUAUCACAAAUCAAAUCUCAUGACAGCAAGGACAUUCUUGCAGCUGGAGCCUUCCCCUGCCCUGAGCUCCAAUAAACCUGGUUAUCAAGGGGACAGUAAUGCUAACAGCAGCCACUGCUCCCCACUAAGACAGGAGCAGAUGCUGCAGACCCUUUCGGAAGGUGCCAGUAGCAACGGGACAAGCAUGAAGCAGAAAGGGCCUGCUGCUACCUCCAGGGAACUGACAGCAGAAAAUGACAGCACUUGUUAUGGGAUGGAAAAAAGAGAGAGUCCCGGACAAGGAAAAUUGGACCUGCUAUCCCCAUACAACCAGCUAAAACGAGAUAAAAAGCCUGUAGUUCCUUGCUAUGAUAAACUCACUGAGGACAUGCUGAUGGAAAAGAACAGCGCGUAUGGGGCUGAGAAGAGAAUGACUCUCGGGCACAGUAAGCUGGAUCUGAUCACCAAGUACAACAAGUUAAAAUCUAAACAUAUACACAGUCGGUUCGAACUCUGA